AUGGCGGGGACUCCGGGCGCCCGAUUCGCCAAGCGCCGCUUCCUAGGCGGCUUCGUCUGCGGGGCCGCGCUGGGCGCCGCCGCCUCCGGCCUGGCCGCGCUGCGGCUCCUCCGCAGCCAGCCCGGCCCCGCGCCGGCGGCCCCGCGGGAGCGGCCGCAGGAACCAGUGGAAGAGUCUCUGCUGGAACAGUAUGGAUUCCCUGUAGCUGGAACAGAGACCAGAUGUUACACAAAUCAUGCACUGUCUUAUGAUCAGGCAAAACGGGUGCCUAGAUGGGUGAUUGAACAUAUUUCAAAACACAAGACACUGGGCAACGCAGAUCGAAGGCACUGCAAAUUCAGACCAGAUCCUAGUAUCCCUCUCAUGUUUAGUGCUGUCAAUGAAGACUACCUUGGGAGUGGGUGGUCACGAGGACAUAUGGCACCAGCAGGAGAUAACAAAUAUUCAACACAAGCUAUGGCUGAAACAUUUUUCUUGUCCAACAUUGUGCCCCAGAAUUAUAAGAAUAAUGCUGGAUUCUGGAACAGAAUGGAAAUGUAUUGUCGGGAGCUGACAGAGAGAUUUGAGGAUGUUUGGAUAGUUUCUGGACCUUUGACCUUGCCUCAGACAGGGGAUGAUGGAAAGAAAAGAGUUACCUAUCAGGUAAUCGGCCAGGGCGAUGUGGCUGUGCCAUCACAUCUCUACAAGGUGAUUCUCGCCAGGCGAAGCAGAAUGUCCUCGGAGCCCCUGGUGCUGGGCGCUUUUGUGGUGCCCAACGAUCCCAUAGGCUUCAGUCACCAACUACCUGAAUUUCAAGUGCAUAUUGAAGACCUGGAGAAAAUGUCAGGAUUGGUUUUCUUCCCCCAAGUGGACAAAACCAAAGAUGUUAAAAAUAUCUGUGAUGUAGACACCUGUAAACUGAUAGGGUUUGAUGAGUUCACGUUGUACAUCACCGCCCGGAAAGUUCACAGUGCCAGAACACUGCACAGGCUGGAAAAGGUCAUGUCAGAGUUAAGGGAGACAGGAAUUGAGCCUGAUGAAUAUCUAAUGAAGCUUUACAAGAAGAAGGAGGAAGAACUAGUGCAGCAAAAGCAAAUGGAAGCUAGAGAAGGGAGAGCUGGUUGAGAAAAUAUAUUUGGAAUGUUAUACUCUCAGAAAGGAGGCACGUGCGCACACUCCGUUUGGAUUUCAUGAUUUGGCCAUUUAAAAAAAAAUGUGGAAACAGUUAGAAGUUUGCCUUCAGGGUAACGUUCAUUCUCUUGUAACAUGAUGUAUGUAUGAUUUGCUACAGUACUGUGUGGGAAAUGAAAAUGACCCUUUCCUGGCAUGACUGGAUUAUAGGGCCUCUGAAAAAGGCUUUGUACUAUUUUCUAAACCAGACGUCAGAAUUGGGGUCUGCAUGGAAUCCCUUCUAGGAAUAUUAUAAAAAUAGACAGUGGACACCUUGGGAGUAUAACUGGAAUCUGUCUAAAUGUAACUGACCCUACACAUGUAUUUUAAUACAAAGCUGUAGAAUAAAUGGUGUUACUGUGA